AAAUGAGUUCCUGUGUUCGAUGACAGAAAAAGGUAGUGUGAACUCUCGGUAUUGUUUGUAGCGCUCGGGCGCGGCUUGGGCAUCGCUGGCAAGCCUCGUUUAAGUGAAUUUUGAAAUCUUUGUGCUUGUAAUGACGAAAGACGACCUGAGAGCUAGUGCCCAUCCGCAUAACGGAAACCUCGAAGAAUGUUACUACACGGUGGGGCUCCCAGACGAUGCUCGGGAACGCUUCCGAUCCUUUCGCGCGGUGUUCCAGCCUCGACAGACCAGGACUCCGUCCUCGAGUGAGGCCAGAGUUGAUUCUCGUCGACGAUAUGCUCGAUCCACGAAGAAAGAGCCACUGAGUCAUUUCCGUUAUUUCGGUAUAGACAAACCAAUAAAAGACGAUCGACAAGACGAGAAACUGAGGGCUAGUGGUCCAUCAUGCACGCCGACCCGGCACAAUCUCGAGAAACUCUUCAGUCCCAAUCGAGGUUUCGAGGAGUCCGUCGACGCCGACACGAGACAGAAGAGGAAAAUUUUCGAGAAGCAUCUGCGAGGUUUCUUCGUAGAUAAACGAAGACACGCUUUGAAAAAGUAUGACAGGUUGCAUGCUGACGAAGAAUCAGCCCACUGGGUAUCUCAUCCAUGGAGCGACGCGAGACUGCGGUGGGAGGUCGUGAUGGUGAUCGUGUGCAUAGUGAACAUGAUCCUCCUCCCGGUGAUGGUUGCUUUCCUUGACUAUUACGACUGGUGGAGUGAGUGCCUCGUCUUCAAUCUGUUCUUUGACGCGAUCUUCACCCUUGACAUGGCCUACAAUUUUCGCACAGGUGUAUUGAAGCGAACGGGCAUGCAACACAAAGUCAGUCUGUCCCCCGUCGACAUUCAAAGACAUUAUUUUCACGGCUGGUUCACUUUGGAUCUGAUUUCUACCCUUCCGUUCGACUACACUCUGCCUCAUGUGAUCGAGAUGUUCAGUGACACGGAUUUCGUGUUGGGAGCUCGACUCUUGACAUUGGGGAAGUUUCUAGGCUUACUCCGCCUGCUUCGGGUUUGUCGAAUGGUGAGGUACCUGACAAAACUUCAGACUUCAUUCUCAUCUUCGACGCAGUGGGCCUCGCUGCGUAUGUUGAAUAUGGUCCUGCUGAUGCUACUCACUGCGCACUGGAACGGGUGCUUGCAUUUCUUGGUGAAUUCCUGUCUCGAUUUUCCGGACCGCGGCUGGAUAUCCCUGACAGGGAUAAAGGAUGCUUCCUGGACCGUGCAGUAUUCCUGGUGCCUUUUCAAUUCGAUAUCUCAAAUGCUCUGCAUUGGGUACGGGCGAAUGGCGCCAGAAACCCUCGUGGACAUGUGGUUCACAUUAUGGGGCAUGCUGAGCGGAUCUGUCGGUUUCUGCUUGAUCAUCGCACACAUAUCCUCGGUAUGGCAACAAAUGGACGCUCCGAGGAAACUGCAUCGACAGAAGAUGGCAGAACUCGAGGACUACAUGUCUUAUAAAGGCUUCGAAUCGAAGCUGCGCUCAAAGAUACGUGAUUAUUUCGAGCAGCGAUACAAUGGUCGAGUUUUUGAUGAAGAGAGCAUCCUAGCAUCCAUGUCGGAACCGCUCAGAGAGCUUAUAAUGAGGCACUCUUGCGAAACAAUGAUCUCUUCCCUGCCGUUUCUCACGUCUGCGGAGCCUCCGUUCCUGAACGAACUGGUCUUACAACUUAAAGCCGAACUUUAUCAACCGGAUGACAUCAUCGUUGCCUACGGGACCGUCGGGGAAAAGAUGUUCUUUAUACAGUCUGGAGAAGUCACCGUGCUAAACCACGACGGUGACAUUCUAGCAACUCUCCACGAGGGUCAACAUUUUGGCGAGCUCAGUAUCCUCACACGAUGUGAGCGGAAUGCUACCGUUAAAGCCGCCACGCAUUGUCGGUGCCUCACGCUAGACACCGCUGACUUUCACCAUGUGUUAAUUCAUUUUCCGCACAUCGAGGCUUCGAUACGGAAGCUGACCAAAGAUAUCCAGACGAUGCGAGAGCAGAUGAAAGACGGGCCCAGCAGUGUCAUUCGCAAUCCAUAUGUUGCGGGCGGGGAGGUUAUGCUUUUCGAGUGA